GACAUUCCGGGGAGUUAAAGGGUUUAGGAGAAUCGUGCCGCAACCGCUGAAACCCGCGAAAGCCGAACCCUUCAUAGCAGCGCUUCGAACCCCAAGCUUCCGUCAAUCAACCGACGAGGCAAAACGAUGAGUGGUAGCAGGAUUGCUCGUACUUUGCUUCAUCGAGCACGAAGGGCCGCCGCUUUCUCUUCAUUUUCCUCCGCCGGAAGGCCGUCUUCUAUAGUCUUUUGCGCCGAUGCAAGGUCUUCUCAAAGUUCUUGCUCCUCUUCCUCCUGUCAUGUUCAUUUCCGUCGCGAGCACGCAUUCGCCUUUUCUCCUUCACCGACCGUACGCUUAUUCAAUACCAAUUGCUCCAAAGAAUUUGAAGAUGAAAUGAAAGUGCAAAAUCCACUUCAAUACAGGAGGGAUGAAGGGGAAGAAACUACGGAUGGAUGGGAAGAAGAUGAUGAUCUGGAACCUGAGCUUGGUGAUGGAGGGGGUGGUGGUGGUGUUGUUUUGCAAGGCGUUCCAUGGGGUGAACGCGUUCUUGCUCUUGCUCACGAGGUCUUGCUGCAAUUAGGCGAUGACAUAAAACUCUAUUCUUUUAAGACUACUCUACGUGGAUAUAUUUAUGUCAGAUUAGACAAGCUCUCAAACGAAUAUGGGUGUCCCAGCUUGGAAGAACUUGAAAGUUAUAGCCAAGAGUACAAGAAAAGAUUAGAUGAAACUGGGGCACUUGGAAAUAUUCCGGAUGAUUUAGCUCUUGAGGUAUCAUCUCCAGGUGCAGAGAGAUUACUCAAGGUCCCAGAUGAUCUGUUUAGAUUUAAAGCCAUGCCAAUGCGAGUGUGCUAUAUAGAAGACGGAGAAUCGAGAGGCACUGAGAAUGAUGGAGUUUUUAUGAUGGAUCAUGUGGAUUUGGAAUCUGAGAGCUGUGUCUGGAAAUUAGCAAAUGUAAAGGAAAAUCGAGAUCCUUUGAGUAAAGGCAGACCUUUGACUCGUAAGCAGAAAGAUUGGAGGUUAAAGUUACCCUUUGGAAAUCAUAAGAAGGUAUUCCUUUAUCUUGAAUGAUGAAAAUUAGCACCUCAAGGUCCUCAAGAAAGGACGGGUCUUCUGUGUGCUUUAAUUCAUGAGGUUAGUGUUAGUUUUGCGUGGCAUUAUUUCUUUUUGAGGUCUUGGAGCUUUUGCCACUUGUACACUUUCUUCUGUAUGGAAAAUUUGUUUCAGCAGGAGCAUUAUGUAUUCAUAGGAUAUUCUCCUUUUGGAAUUGAUAUCUUUGUUAAGGAUUUGAUAUACUGGGUUUCUCGGCUUUUCUCUACAAGGUUGAGUUUUUUUUGUCCUUGAUCUUAUUCAUUUUCAUGGACGAGUGAUGUUUUCUAUUAGAUAUAUAUUCUUUUACAUUCAUUCGGUUCCCCCUCCCUAGCAUCGCACUUCUGCCAUAAUCUUCUAACACUAACUUUUAAGCUUAGGCUUCUCUUUUGGUGUUGCCUUUCUCUCUUCUACUCUCUAUUGGUUAAAGUUCUAUAAAUCAAAGGUACUGUCUUUUUCACCCUUUCCCCAUUCUUAAUGCAAUCAUUUUGCUUUUUUCAUUUUAUUCUGUGAUAAUCUUAUUAUCUGAGUUGCAUGCGCUUUAGUUGUUGUGAAAAAGCCUUGAAGACUUGUCCCAUAUGACAAUUAUCUGGUCAAGAUAUCCUUGCAUAGUACAUCCAGCAGGAUUUAAGUUUUCCAAU